AUGGGUUGGAAAUCAUACCUUUUACCACUGUUGCUGGAAGCUGUAGCUGGAUCAAAACAGCAGCAGGUUGUCCCAGGCGCUUUCAUUGUUGAAUUCCAAGAGACCGGUCUCGAGAUACAGGACUUGGACUACGAUCUGUUCAAGGGCGCUGCUGUUCUGUUCAAGAACGAGAAAUCCCCCGAUGAACACAUGUCUUUAUUGCUUUUGAAUCCAGCCAUCAAAAACGUCUGGCCAAAGACUCUUUUGUCUACACCUAACCUACAGGUUGGAGGGGUUGGAUCGCCUGGGUCAACAGGCUCAUCCCAUCUGGUGGCUAGAGAUUUCCAAGGCAAUCAAACAUACUCGCCCCACGUUAUGACCAAAGUCGACAAGUUACACGCAAAGGGCAUCACUGGCAAUGGAGUUAAGAUCGCAAUUGUUGAUUCUGAUGUAGCACUCGAUGGAUGCCUUGGACCCGAUUGCUUGAUUGUUAGCGGUCAUGAUUUCGUUGGUGACGCGUAUAAUGGAUCCACUACCCUAUUCCUGAUGAUGAUCCAAUGGAUUGCAUGGGACAUGGACGGUAAAAUAGCAGCCUACAAGGUAGCAGGUUGCAUUGGUCUAAUUGAUAAUUCCGUCAUUGCAGCUGGGCUCCUGCGCGCACAGCAAGAGGGGGCUCAUAUCAUUACUCUCUUUCUUAUUUUCUCUGACGGAUGGAACGAAAGUUUUCUUGACGUUAUUGCUGCCCGGAUUGUUGCCAAGGGAGUUAUUGUUACCGUUGCUGCCAGGAACUCUGGUGAUCAAGGAUUGUUUUACAUCAGUGGCCCAGAUGGAGGAAAUGGUGUCGCUGCUAUUGCUUCUUAUGAAAACACUACUGCGGAUGAUUGCGGACCUAUUUCCGGUAACACGGCGGACCUUUCUGGCAAAGUUGUUCUUAUCUCUUUGGGAUACAUUGAGGAGCAUCUGCAAAGCGCGUUGGACCUCGGGGCCCAUUACAUCAUGAUUUCGACCAAGUCUAAUGCUAAUGAAAGGAACUUCAACCUUGAGCUAUCUCCAGGCUUCCUAGGUGUUGGUGUGAUCUCUCACACGCUAGGCACCAAGUGGCUCGCAGCUCUGGCUACCGGAAAGGUUGUCACGUUGGAUUUCACCGGUAUUGCCACCAGCCUAGUCACGCGUGAACAGUCACCUAACAACAGUACUGGCGGACUUCUUUUGAGGGCAAUCUAG